UCCGCAGAAAAACAUUCAAGAUCAUAAAUUUAGACCAAGAUGGACAUCCGGGGCGCCGUGGAUGCAGCCGUUCCAACCAACAUCAUUGCUGCCAAGGCUGCAGAAGUUCGUGCCAACAAAGUGAACUGGCGGUCCUACCUUCAGGGGCAGAUGAUUUCUUCCGAAGACUGCGAAUUCAUUCAAAGAUUUGAAAAGAAAAGAAAUCCUGAGGAGAAGCAGGAGAUGCUUCAGACUGAAGGCAGUCAGUGUGCUAAGACAUUUAUAAAUCUGAUGACUCACAUCUCCAAAGAGCAGACAGUUCAGUACAUACUCACCAUGGUUGAUGACACGCUGCAGGAAAAUCACCAGCGCGUUAGCAUUUUCUUUGACUAUGCUAAACGUAGCAAGAACACUGCCUGGUCCUACUUUCUGCCCAUGUUGAAUCGCCAGGAUCUCUUUACUGUUCAUAUGGCAGCAAGAAUUAUCGCCAAGUUAGCAGCUUGGGGAAAAGAACUGAUGGAAGGCAGUGACUUAAAUUACUAUUUCAACUGGAUAAAGACACAGCUGAGCUCACAGAGCUCUCAGUAUGUGCAGUGUGUGGCCGGGUGUCUGCAGCUGAUGCUCCGAGUCAACGAGUACCGCUUUGCCUGGGUGGAGGCAGACGGGGUGAACUGCAUCAUGGGAGUUCUGAGUAACAAGUGUGGCUUUCAGCUCCAGUAUCAGAUGAUUUUUUCUAUAUGGCUCCUGGCGUUCAGUCCUCAGAUGUGUGAACACCUGCGACGCUACAACAUCAUUCCUGUUCUGUCCGACAUCCUGCAAGAAUCAGUCAAAGAGAAAGUGACAAGAAUCAUUCUUGCAGCAUUCCGGAACUUCUUAGAAAAAUCAACUGAAAGAGAAACUCGCCAAGAGUAUGCUCUGGCUAUGAUUCAGUGCAAAGUUCUGAAACAGUUGGAGAACUUGGAACAGCAGAAGUACGAUGACGAAGAUAUCAGUGAAGAUAUAAAAUUUCUCUUGGAGAAACUUGGUGAGAGUGUCCAGGAUCUUAGCUCAUUUGAUGAAUAUAGUUCAGAACUUAAAUCUGGAAGAUUGGAAUGGAGUCCUGUGCACAAAUCUGAGAAAUUUUGGAGAGAAAAUGCUGUGAGGUUAAAUGAGAAGAAUUAUGAGCUCUUGAAGAUUUUGACCAAACUUCUGGAGGUGUCCGAUGACCCACAAGUCUUAGCUGUUGCUGCCCAUGAUGUUGGCGAGUACGUUCGGCAUUACCCGCGAGGCAAGCGGGUCAUCGAGCAGCUCGGUGGGAAGCAGCUGGUGAUGAACCACAUGCACCACGAGGACCAGCAGGUGCGCUACAACGCCCUCCUGGCCGUGCAGAAGCUUAUGGUGCACAACUGGGAAUAUCUUGGUAAACAGCUCCAGUCUGAGCAACCGCAGACUGCAGCUGCCCGGAGCUGAACGGACGCUCAGCCUCGGGGUCUCCAGCGCCCCUUCGCCUGGGGCAGAAGACCUGGAGUGUGAGUCUCAGUGAUUAAGGUCAAGAACAAACAAUUUCUCAUUUUACGAGUCAUUUUCUUCUGUUGUGUAGCUUUCCCCAGUGCUGAUUUCAACACGAGUGUUUGCCCGUUACUUCGUAUUAAAGUAGGUGCUCUCUGUAUCUAAGGAAAAUAUUACUGUUACAUAUACUGCUUGUAAUUUCUGUAUUUAUUGUUCUCUGGGAAUGAAUAUAGAAUUAUUAAAGGAUUCUCACUCCAGAUAUGUUUUUGUCUUUCCUUGUUCCUGACUUCGCCUUUAACACAAAUACCUCUUGUCCCAACCAAAUUGGGAGAAUUGCAUUUGCAAAAUAGUGAAUGGUAAAUAAAUGUUUUGAA